UGUUUAUUGUUGUAGUUUUCUUUCAGGAUUCCAAUCCAGACGGACAGACCCAGCUUUGCUAAGAUCUUCUGUUUCGCAUGGUCCUAAUCUGUUGAAAGACCUUUAUAAACGAAAGAACGCUGUAUGACCUUUACAGUACUAAAAGUAAGGCACACUAAGUUUGACGCAGUCAGUCACCUUUGUGACCCUGGGCACGUGGGAUCUUUGAUAAUCGAUCUUGAUAGCAGACGUCUAGAUCUUUCCCGCGAAAAACUGCGGCUCUUCCCGCCUCCCUCGGCCCCAAUCCCCCAACCCACAAAGCCCCCGACCAACUUCUUCGCGGGAGCCUGCGAUUCAUACAGCUGAAAAUGGCGGCCUCUGUGGCCUGCUAGUUGUGGAGAUAAUUGUCAUAAAUGUAAAGCCUUAACGUUUAAAAUUAAAAUGAAUCGGGUUAGAUCAGCAUGUGUGAAGACAAAUUCAUCAAAGACCUGCUUUGUCAGCUUGUCUGGAGACCUUGCAGAAACGAUAGGAUUAAGAAUUCAGGGUCAACCUUUUGCUCUUCAACUGCAGUGGACAGAUGGUAAAGCCUUUACCAGCUGGUCUGGUGAGGUUAUAUGCAGCAAGAAACAUGAUCCCAUUUAUGGCUCAUCAUCUGUUAUCCAACUUGGAAAGAAGUUUGCUAAUUCACUGGGACUGGAUGAGGAUCAACAGGUCUUAGUUGAACCUGUCAUAAGUAUUCCAUCAUGUAACAGAAUAAGUGUGGAUCCAGUCAGUGCUAAUGAUUGGGAAAUAUUGGAACUUCAUGCUGGUUACAUUGAAAGCCAGCUUCUUAACCAAGUUAGAGUGGUGUUCCCAAACCAGUUAUUACCAAUUUGGAUUCAAAAUAACACUUGUGUGGUUGUACGGAUUGUUAAUCUUGAGCCCAAUGCCAACUGUGUAAGACUUGAUGAGUUUACAGAGGUACUGGUGUCACCAAAGACAAGAACUUUUUCACAGCCAAAGAAAGAGCAACAGGUUUCCAUUGCUCCUGGUAAGGAUGGAACAUCAUCAAGAAGCAGUCAAGCUAAUAAUAGAGAUACUGAACAAGAACGUACAAUGACAAAUACAGCUUCUGCUUCCUGUUUUGGUAACAGUGACAAUCAGGUUUUGUCAGCAGCUGGUUCGUCUAGUAGCACAAAUUUGGAAGAACAAAGUAAUCCUACUAACAGUGACUUUAUGUCAAGAUUUUCUGGUUAUUUGCGUACACUAUUUUAUAACCAAGAAGGAGACAAAUCGACUAGUGAAAAUCAAACUUCUAAAUCUCCAGCUCAGGAAAAAAGCACAUUGAAUGAAGAUAGCUGGACAACAUUCUCUACUUCAAUGCAGAGUUCAGGAACACACAAUGAAAACAUUUUUAGCGAAAUUGACUUAAAUAUGUGCUUACGUGUGCAACCAGAGCUCACAAUGCAUGUAACCAAUUUGAAUGAAACAAGUAAGUCUACACCUGUAAGUCACAAUUUUCUGCAGCCUACAACAGUGUUUGUUGAUUUUGCAUCUCUGCCACCAUUAGUUCUGCAGUCAUGGACUUGUAACUUAGUACAAUUUCCACCCCCAGAUGGCACUGUUGUUAAAACUGUUCAAAUAAGUAGACUGUUAUCUCCAAAAGAGAGGGCUGCAUCUCGAACAAGUAACUUGGGACCAAGUAGCCGGGAAAACCCAGGAUCCAAAUCACAGGAUUCUACAAACAGAGAAUCAGAGCCAUCAGAGCCAUCAAACAGUGCUAGUCAAGGUGUUACUGGUCAAUCAUCACCUGAUUCAGAAUCUGCCAAAGAUGUGUCUCUUCCUUGUUGGAUUGUAAGGAUGGUGAUGACAAGCAGUAUAAACAGUGCUGCCAUCAAACAAAAAUCACUUGAUUUGGGUGUGGCAGAACAUGUUUUACCAGGCCAUGUUGUUAUGUCCAGAGAACUGUCCCAGCUUCUCAAUACAAGAGAUUUGUCUUUAGUUAAAAUUCAGAACAUCUCUCAUGGACCAUCAGAGAUCCAAGGAAUUAUCUUGCAUCCCUUUGGAGAUACAGAACAGAAGCUUCAGGACAUUUCAGCUGAUGCAGCAUUAGAAGCCUUCCAAGGUUGGGUCCUUUCUGUCUGCAGCAUGGAGGCACCUCUUGUACUUUGUAAUGGAAUGAUGAUGUCGUUUGACGUCCUUCAAGGUCAACCUCUUCAGUUUGUGGUUACAGUACUGAGUCAUCAGCAGACGUCCAGCUCAGCAGACAGGCUUCCAUAUUAUCAUUUAACACCUGAGACUCUUAACAAUGUGACAGUUGUCAUGGGAACUCCUAAAAACUUGGUGUAUGGUGUUGAUCAAGCCUUGAGUACUCAAGAAAACAAUCCACGUCAUCCAAAGUGUAGCAUCACGGACUUGGGCGGUGUCACAGAUUCAUUUCACAAGUGCCUUGAUCAUGCCUUGUCUGCCCUAGGACAGAGACCGCUGAUCAAUCAUCUUGGAGGUGACAUCAUGACAGGGUUAUGCAGUGGUGCUCUGCUAAUUUGUGGUAGUGGUACUGGAGCUGGGAUUGGCUGUGGCAAGACAUCUCUCGCUCAUGCAGUGUGCCAACAACUUCAGCAAUGGCCAGUCUGUGCACAUGUGACACUUGUUGAUUGUAUUCCAUUUAGAGGGAAAAGAGUUGACACUAUUCAGAAGCAGUGGCAACAGAUAUUCAUUGACGCAGCAUGGCAUCAACCAUCUGUCAUCCUGUUUGAUGAUUUAGAUCAAGUUAUAUCAGCCCCAAGUGCCCUUCAAGAAAUGGGUGGAGAAGCUUUGUACAAGCGUCGACUUGCCCAGGUAUUCAAAGACCUUAUCACCGUGGAGAUCAACAACAAUAGCAAAGUAGUUGUCAUAGCAGCCAGCAAGUCUCAUGAUUCAUUGCACCCUUCAUUACUGACAUCAAGAGGCUGUCACAUCUUUCAGUGUUGUGUGGAGCUCCACCCACCCGAUAAUGAUCAAAGAAAACAGAUCUUGUAUGCAAUGAUAAGGAAGAGGUUUCCCUUGCAGGACCCUGAGGGGUUGGAACUUAGUUUAUUGGCAAAGAAAACAGAGGGAUUCUUACCAAAAGAUCUACAGUCACUGCUUGGCCGUGCUUCUCACAGGGCAGCAGUUAGAAAGAUGAAAAAGUUAACAGACGAAGAUAUCCAUUUUGCGAUUACCACAGAGGAUUUCAAGGUGGCUCUUGAAGGAUUUACUCCAGCAGCAUUGAGAGGAGUGUGUUUGCACACUGCAGGAGAGUUAGGCUGGUCUGAUGUUGGUGGACUUGCCGCAGUUAAGGGAGCCCUCAUGGAGACUCUUCUGUGGCCAGCAAAGUAUUCUUGGCUGUUCAGUAAAUGUCCCCUGCGCAUGAGGUCUGGCCUUCUUCUUUAUGGACCUCCAGGUACCGGCAAGACACUGUUGGCUGGUGUGGUUGCUAAGGAAUGUGGGCUCAAUUUUAUCAGUAUCAAAGGUCCUGAGUUACUAAGCAAGUACAUUGGAGCCAGUGAGCAGGCUGUCAGAGACAUGUUCACAAGGGCCCAGAGUGCCAAGCCUUGUAUUCUCUUCUUUGAUGAGUUUGACUCACUUGCUCCUCGCCGUGGACAUGACAGCACAGGGGUGACAGACAGAGUGGUUAAUCAGCUUCUUACUCAACUGGAUGGAGUAGAGGGGCUGGAUGGAGUUUACAUUCUGGCUGCCACCAGCCGUCCAGAUUUGAUUGACCCUGCCCUUCUCAGGCCAGGAAGACUGGACAAGUGUUUGUAUUGUGGCAUACCAGAUAAGUCAGAGAGACUAGAUAUCCUACAAGCCAUGUCCAGAUCCCUUCUCUUGGAACAGGACACCAGCCUACCUGCUAUCUCUGACAUGUGUGAACAUUUCACUGGAGCAGACUUCAAAGCUCUUCUUUACAAUGCUCAGUUGGCAGCCAUCCACAGGAACACCAGUAGCAAUGGACUUUACAAGGGUGUUUUCAGUAACACAGAAAAAGCAAGCAAAGGUGAAAAAAUUGCAAAAGACCCACCAACUGGUGUAGUUUCAGAUGAAGCAAAAGCGAACAUUAUUUACGUUCGUAGUUUGGUUGAAGGUAUUACAGAUGUCUCUGGAGAGGAGUUGUCAAAGAUACAUUCGGAGGUUUCAGUUAUCCAUGACAAUCUUCAGCACAGUAAGAAUAAUGGAAAGGUAUCAAAGACAGACUUAGCUAAUGAUCAACUAGCUGGUGGAAUACAAAUUAGCCAAUCAGAUUUGCUGCAGGCUGCAUCAUCUAUGGGUCCCUCUGUAUCAGACAGCGAGAGGCACAGAUACCAAGAAAUAUAUGACACAUUCAUGAAAUCAAGAGGAGGGGACUUCAGCCACAACACACCCGGACAAGGAAAAGCAACUUUAGCAUGAAUAAUCUUAAAGCUCAUUUGCAGGGGUUUCAUUAUGGGCUGGACACUGACCAAAUUGACUGGCUGGGAGAUUUUGUCCUCCUGGUUUGACCAUGUAGCAUUUUCCUUAUAGAGAAUUUCAGUUCAAAAAGCUUUGCCUGUCAGUGAAAAUCAAUUGCCCUCCUGCUAAAACUACUGUUCUCAAAAUCAUUAAUAAUUGAUCAAGUUCAAACAAGGGAAAUCAUGACUGUUAACACCUAUCUGACUUAGUUAGCAUAGAUUUUUACGAUUUUAUUUCUCCAUUUUCUCCUUAAUUUAAGGUUUGAUUGAGAAGAUAUAUC